UCUGUAUUAGAACGGAAGAAUGGUAGAGUAAGUGAGUGAAUGAUACUACUGGUGCAGAAAAUAAACAAAGUACAACUAAACCAACAACUCUCUCUACCGUUCCAAUUUUUUUUAUAUAUUUUCCUUAUCAUUAAUAUUAUUAUUUUAACAUGGGAUUGGGAUAUCCUUUCUAUAAAUUCUUAUCCUCCCUUUCGUUUUCAUGUCAAAUUCAUCAAUGCUGCUUACCAAAACACCUCCUUCGAAGUUUCCCAAUUGGAUCUUGACUCGUAGGUGGAGUGGAGCAGACGACGCCCUCUAUUAUUGUUAUUACAACAAUAAAAGAAGAGGAAGAACCCUUCUUUUGUUUUUUCUUUUUCUUUUCUUCCAACUAUGCAACUCCACUCUCUCAAUCGUGAAUUUUGAUCCCUCUCGAAGGCUAAAAUUGUGUCAUCAUCAGUAAAUGAAGAUCUUUCAUUGCAUAGUAGAAGCUUAGUGAAAGAGACUCAUUUGAGAUAAGGAGUCUUCCCUAAUCAAUACCUCUUAUACCGUUGAUCCGUAUAUAUAUUUCUCUCCUUUAGUUCUUUUACUCGGGUUACUGUCUGUCCCGUUGACUUAUAGUAUUCAUAUUUCUCAGUUGAUUUCUUAAUUUUGCAAGCUUAUGCACCUGUUGUAAAUCUCAAGUCUCAAGCAUCUAAAUUUUAGUUCUUGUUGGUAGUGUUACUUAUUUCCCUAAUUUGGUUGGAAAAGUUUCUUCUCGAAUUUUCUAUACAGUCCAAGUAGAUAUAGAUAAUUACCUAUUGGGGUUUCCUUGUUGGACAUUAGUUACCGUAAUACUGCUAAAACUCAUGUGUCUCGGUCAAUCUUAGGAUGAUUGCUUAGAUAGGAGGCUCUAAUGUCAAUUAUAUGUGGCAUCCCUCUUCUUGAGUGUGUUUAUUGUUUGGCAUGUGCCCGCUGGGCUUGGAAAAGAUGUCUCCACACAGCAGGACAUGACAGUGAGAAUUGGGGUAUUGCCACUGCUGAAGAAUUUGAGCCUGUGCCUCGUAUGUGUUGUUAUAUUCUAGCUGUUUACGAAGAUGAUCUAAGGCACCCACUUUGGGAACCUCCUGAAGGCUAUGGAAUCAACCCAGAUUGGUUGGAACAUAAGAAAUCCUAUGAAGAUACUGAUGGACAAGCUCCUCCUUACAUAUUGUAUCUGGAUCAUGAUCAUGAGGAUAUAGUACUUGCCUUUAGGGGCCUUAAUUUGGCAAAGGAAAGUGACUAUGCAGUUUUAUUGGAUAAUAAGUUGGGGCAGAGGAAAUUUGAUGGUGGUUAUGUUCACAAUGGGUUAUUGAAAGCUGCAGAACAUGUUUUGCUUAUGGAAUCUGAUACUUUGAAGAAGUUGGUAAUGAAGUAUCCAAAUUAUACUUUGACUUUUGCUGGACAUUCCUUAGGUUCUGGUGUUGCAACACUUCUAGCUGUGUUAGCUGUGCAAAAUCGGGCUGAAUUGGGAAACAUUGACCGGAGAAGAAUCAGGUGCUAUGCCAUUGCUCCUGCAAGGUGUAUGUCCUUAAAUUUAGCGGUUAGAUAUGCAGAUGUCAUCAAUUCUGUCGUCCUUCAGGAUGACUUCUUACCACGCACAGCCACACCAUUGGAAGACAUAUUCAAGUCUCUUUUCUGUUUGCCGUGCAUACUAUGCCUGAGAUGCAUGAGAGAUACAUGUAUACCAGAAGAGAAGAUGAUUAAAGAUCCAAGGAGGCUAUAUGCACCUGGCCGUCUCUAUCACAUUGUGGAGAGAAAACCUUUCAGGAUGGGAAGGUUUCCUCCAGAAGUAAGGACAGCAGUGCCAGUGGAUGGAAGAUUUGAGCACAUAGUACUUUCAUGUAAUGCCACUUCUGACCAUGCCAUUGUUUGGAUAGAAAGAGAAGCCCGAAGAGCUCUAGAAUUGAUGUUAAAGAAAGAUCCCAUCAUGGAAAUUCCGACGAAACAAAGAAUGGAACGGCAAGAAACAUUGGCGAAAGAGAAGAAAGAGGAGUACAAGGCUGCAUUGCAGAGAGCAGUAACACUUUCUGUGCCUCAUGCUUUUACACCUUCCCAGUAUGGAACUUUUGAUGAGGAAGCAGAGAGCUCACCUGGGUCAGCUGGGGAAUCAUCUUUUGGUUCUGUUAGAAGAACCAGAAGCACAGAAACUUUUGAUGAAUAUUCUGCCAAAGAAGACUCUUAUAGAUGAGAAAAAUGUUAUUUGUUAUUGAGGUUUAAAUUAAAAAUAUAUGAGAAAAAAAGAGUAAUAAGUUUGCGGAUAAUUAUAUUCAUUGAUUCAUUUUUGUAUUUAUUUAUUUAUUUGUAUUGAUUUUGAGGUGUUUUCUGUGUAUUUAAUAGAUAAAAUAAUAAAGUUGUUCUAUCGGCAUAACCUUGAAA